GGGGAUUUCUCCCAAUUUGCACUAUUUGAUUGCCAAUCGUUCUACAUUGAACAUCGUCAACUACUUCUUAGAAGACUACUUUCGACGCUUCGAAGUCAACAUGUCAGAAUCGAUAGCCGAGUCAAAAUUGAAGAGGUUUCUACUUUACGGUAGCGAGGAGAUUGUAUAUUUCCCCGGAUGCAGGGUCCAAUACCAUCAUUACCUGGGAACUAAUCUCGCUUCAUUGAGGACCCUGCUUAACAAAGUCGAUAAGCAGAAGAUCUUCGAUUGGAUUAAGUUUAUCCAAAAAGGGACGCUAGCUUCACAUAUCGCGUUAGUGCCUUUAGUGGUUGCCGAGUGCUGCAAAAUAUCCGGUUGGAAAGAAGAGGCGUUGGAGUUGGCUUUGACGGUCUUGCAAACUGACAAAGAAUUCCUAAUGUUCUGUAAAUUUUCGUACGAAAUUCUACCGGACAUAGGUACAGGACCGGCAGUAAUGGAAUUCCUCGAAGGAUGGUACCGAAGGCGGCAUUAUUUAGAACUGGUCGAACUAGUGAGCGAUAGAGAGAAUUAUUACGGAUGGAACCAUAGAGUCGUGAUAAAAUUGGCAAAGAUCGAUUCUUCAUGUCCACUAAAGGCAGCUGCGUUUGCUUACGCGAUUAACGUUAUUAUAAUUAAUCAUGAUUUUUAGUAUUAUAUUUUCAUUUUUGAUUUUGCAGAGAAAUUGGAGCUAACAGACACACCAUCCACACGACCAACAAGGUCCUACUAGAAAACAAACAUAUCUGGGAAGCCUUAAUAAAAGAGAUGGACCUAGUGGAAUUGCUCGCUAAACUCCCAACUAUACGAAAGAACGGUUUCCUCCGUUAUCCGGGACUUUAUUCUUGGGACACCCAUUUUGUGUCUCACGUAUGCGAUCGCUUGGAAAACCUCGGUGCGGUCGUCGAGUCGCAGAUACGUCCGAGCAAGUCUUGCAUCGAACAUCAGAAAUGGAAAAACAAAUCUGAGAGAUUCUACAGCAAAUUAUACAAGCCCAAGCCAGUCAAUCAAGAUAUCCUGAAAGCUUUGAAAAGACAGAUGGACAUAGCUAUGGAAAAAAAUGUAACAAAAACGUCGAAGAGCAUUAUGGUCAUCAUGGAUUGCCACAAUCUAUCUACAUCCUAUUGUAACUAUAAACGGUUUGUUCAUGCUGACAUGGCCGCUGCUGUAGCUGCCUUGCACUUAGCACAAACUGCUGGAAACGCCAGCUUGCUUGUUUUCAAAGGCAUUACUCUUGAAUAUAUAGAGCCUCGGAUGUCUGUAGAGGAGCUUGUUGAUUAUAUCGGCACCGAUACCUGGGACUAUCCAAGCACGCGAGAGAUAAGCCUCUAUCUCAACCCGUUGAACGGCGAAACCCUCGACACCGAUCUGUUUGUCGUCAUCGGCGCCAACAUUAAUCUCGACGAUUACAUGAAAAACGUUGAAGACCAUCGAAAAAAGAACCCACGAGCUCCAAAAUUUGCUUUCUGUAGUCUAGGUGGCAUCAGAAACGACCGGACGUUUAAGUUCGACAAAGACGUACUGUUAACGUCUGGUUUCGAUGAUAAAAUGUGCGACAUCAUCACUGCCUUUUCCUUGUUAUAAAGCAAAU